AUGGCUUCUCACAACUUCCAACCGCCUCAGCAACCAGAGUACACGCUUCCAGGAAUAAUACACUAUCUUCAAAGGGAAAAGACCACUAUUGACAGAGAUAGAAUACAAUGGGAAAAUGAAAGAGGUGAAUUGAAAUCUAAAAUUGGACGUCUUGAAGGUGAAAAUCAAUCUUUAAAAGAAGAAGUCAAACAAUUGAGAUCAUCAUUGGAAAAAGAUGGUAAAUUGAAGACAGUUAAUACAAAAUCAAAUGAUGUUUCUAAAAUUAAGUUCAAUAAUGUUGAUUUGAAUCCUUUAGCCAAAUCAAAAGAGAAAUUGAAAAGUCAAUUAACAGAAAUCAGUUACCUCUUAAGUCAUACUUCAAUUGAUCAUACUGCACAUUUAGAACUGAAUAAAAAUCGUGCCUUUUUCGGCUCAGCAAAUUCUGCAAUUAGUCAAACGGAGAGUGAUAGUAUUGUUGAAACGCCAUUAAAUUCACAAUUAUCACCAUCCCAGCCACCUCCAAAUAUUCAAAUUGAUUCACCAGUUGAUAACACUUCAAAAAGGAAAGUACCACAAUUAAAUCAAGAAGAUAAUACCAAAGUGGCUUCACCAGUAGUAACAAAUGAACCAUUUAAUGAUUUCAAUGAUGAACCUAAUUCAAUUGAAUCAGAUGCAGAAACUGUCACUGGAGAACCAGAAACUGAUGGAUCUUCAUCUUCUUCUUCUACUUCAAACUUAAAUUAUUCAGCUUCAAUUUCACAAAUUACAAAACCAAAUCAUAAAAAAUGGCAAAAAUUCAUACUUACAACUCAUGUCUCUACAAUUAAUGCAGUUUCAUCUUUUAAAAAUGGUGAUAUAUUGGGUUCUAGUGAUGAUGGUACAAUAAAACUAUGGAAUUUUAAAGAUUUUGCAGUGGAAUCUGAUGAUGUCAGACCAGCUUUAACAUUUACAGGUGAAACCGAACCAAUUUUUGAUAUUCAAUGUAUUGAUGAUAAUUCUUUUAUAACUUCAACUUCAAAAUCUGUUAAAUUGUGGCAAAAAUGCAAACCAACACAUCCAGUUCAUAUGAAUGCAAAACCAAGCUCUAUGGAUUAUAAAGAUUAUAAAUUAUUAAUCGUUUCAGAUAAGACUGUCUCAUUGAAUAAAAUUGACACAAGUAAAAAUCAAGUGAGGUAUCAAGCAGAUAAAACUUUCAAGCCAAUAAAAGCUGACCAUGCUCGAUUUAAUCAAGAUGGUGAUAUAGUUACAUUCCUAGAUAAUUCAUGUGAAAUUCAUAAAGAAGAUGGGACAAGUACAACCCCAAUAUAUCAUUUUAAUAUUAAAGAGUCUGAUGAAAUUUCAAAUUUCCAGAUUAAAAAUGAAUUAUUUAUAUUUACAAUAAAUCAAAAUAAGGUUUUAAUAUUUGACACAAAAAUCAAGAAAAACAUUUUUGAAAAAAAUUAUGAUUCACCAAUUAUCAAAACUGGCUUAAAUAAAAAUCAUAUCAUAGUCAUCUUGGAUAAUGGAGAGAUUAAAAUUUAUACAUCUGGUAAAACUGAUCAAGUUUUUGAAGAAUUAAACUUGUUUGGUUUAUUUGAUGAUAUUAGUCACUUGGGGCCUAAUCAGUUAAAAAUAUUCAAAGGUUCAGUUUGUUCAGCUACUGUCUUAGAUAAUAAUUACGUUGUUGUUGGAUGUGAGGAUGGUUUAAUUAGAGGGUUUAAUUUCAAAUAA